GCGGUUGAGUCACUAGCCAGACUGGCCCGAGGUGAGCCAGGCACAUCCGCGUUAGGACUCAGAGACACGCCUUCUUCUCACACAAACCUUCCUGAUCCCAGCCGCCUAGGCGGACUACCGGGUGGUGCUACCAGCCCUGCCACUCACAGUCCGGACAGGCAGAGGUUGGGGACCGCCUGGCGUUGCACCCACUGGGAGCCACAGGUUGCAGACGCAGGGAGCGGUGCCCAUGACAGUGGCUCUGUAAGGCUGCGGGUGCGCGGUGGCUGCUGGUGGGUCCCGGAGCUCGGGAAGACCGAAGCGGCCCUGAAACCUGACACCAGCGCCCUCGCUGUGGCUGUUCCUCGGGCUGGCCUGCCAAGACCAUCACUAUGACUGAUGGAGAUUAUGAUUAUCUGAUUAAACUCCUGGCCCUUGGAGACUCAGGAGUAGGGAAGACCACGUUUCUUUACAGAUACACAGACAAUAAAUUCAAUCCCAAAUUCAUCACUACGGUGGGAAUAGAUUUUCGGGAAAAACGUGUGGUUUACAACACACAGGGAGCAGAUGGAUCUUCAGGCAAAGCGUUUAAGGUGCACCUGCAGCUUUGGGACACUGCUGGCCAAGAGCGGUUCCGGAGUCUGACCACUGCCUUUUUCAGAGAUGCCAUGGGCUUCCUGCUAAUGUUCGACCUCACCAGUCAACAGAGCUUUCUGAAUGUCAGGAACUGGAUGAGCCAACUACAAGCAAAUGCUUACUGUGAAAACCCAGACAUAGUAUUAAUCGGCAACAAGGCAGAUCUGCCAGACCAAAGGGAAGUCAACGAACGGCAAGCCCGGGAGCUGGCUGAAAAAUAUGGCAUCCCAUACUUUGAAACAAGCGCAGCAACAGGACAGAAUGUAGAGAAGUCUGUGGAAAUCCUUCUGGACUUAAUAAUGAAGAGAAUGGAGCAAUGUGUAGAGAAGACGCAGGUCCCGGACACUGUCAACGGUGGAAAUUCUGGAAAGUUGGAUGUAGAAAAGCCAUCAGAAAAGAAAUGUACCUGCUAGAGACUCUUCUAGGAACCCGUGUUGAAGCCUGUGCUCAAACAGUACACCCUGAAAUAAUGCAAACCACAAAGUUGUUGUUGAGUAGAUCUCGAGCGAUGGCAUGUCUUUUCUUCCUGCCCCAAUCUAUUUUAAUAACCCAGAGUAGUCACUAGUAUUAAAAGAACUGUGCUGUCCUCCUGAGUCCCUUCCAAACAAAAGUGAAAAGUUUCCUAAGAUGGUCUCACCAUCAUGGAUGAUUGGUUGUAUUUUUGUAAAGAAGUUGUGUAUAUGAAAAGAGGUAUCAGUGAGUUUUAAAAUUAAGCACAUAUCACUAUCAGCCUGGAGGAAGGACUAGGCUAACUAAAAAACAAUAUGAAAAGAUGAUAUUUGUUCACUGCUGCUUAUAUGGAGUCUGACUCAUACUUCUAUAUUUGCACUGGGGAAGACACCUAACAAACAAUUCCGUGUGGCUCAUUAAUAAGGCCACAUUUGCCCAGUUAGCUGCACUGUUAAGGUUGCGAGUGGGUGAACAUUAGACUUACCGUAGGAAAUUGUGUAAUAAUGCUGUUUGUAUAUUUUUCACAAAUGACAGAAAGACAAGGAUAGGACCAUGGAGGAAAAAGUAUGAGAGACAUUCUCUGAAGAAAAAUGAAACGUGGAAAUAUGGCAGUGGAACAGGUAAAAUUAAAUGGAUCUUUGAGAAAAGUCUGAGAAGGUCACUUAGCCAAAUUUCACUGAAGCAGAUUAGAAGCUGAGACUGAAAAUGCCUCCAAGGCUCCAAUUCAAAUGAUUCAGACUUUUAGCACCGUCAAGGUCACAUUUUACUUCUAUUUUUCUAUCAAAUUCUUAUGGAGUCACAAGAAAAAAUAAAUCAUAUUUAUUGAAUAUACCUUACAAAUGUAGUCAAGAAAACUUAAGAUUUAGUCUUAAUGUUUCUAAAUAAAAAAAAAUUGUUGGUGGUAGAAAAUAACGAGUGAUUGUUAAUUGUGGGUUUUGCUUCCUUUCAAAGCAACUAGAAAUUCUAAGUUGUCUUUUCCCUCUUAACCACACUCAUCCCUGUGUCAAAGCAAUUACAGCAAUGGAUGUAUGUUCAUGGAUCAAUAACUCCAAAAUAAUUAUGAACCAGUAACUAUGGUCCUGCUGGAUUUUCACGCCAUCAGUCACCAGAAAUUGGUGAUGCCUCCUUCUUUGUUAUAAUGUUUUUCUUUUGUCAAGAGGAAAAAUAACUAGAGUUGAGAUGUUCUUUAGAAAAUAACAAGGAUGGAUCUGUGUUCGUCUCACUAAAGCUAUAGUCGGGGGCUUUAUUUUUCCUUGAAGCUGUCUUUUCUUCCUGGAAUUAAGCACAGAAUUAUUUACCUUUGACUUAUUCUUAUCAUUGUGAAGACUCAUAUUGUGUUAGUUUUUGUUAAUGUUAAUUUGGCGCACAUAUAAGCCAAUCCUAUCAAAGUGGUAUUUAAAUUUUUUAAUCAAUCUUACCAAUAACAAAGACCAAUUGCUUCGA